UCUGCUUUGCUCUCUCUCAGUGUGUGUGUGUUUAUAUAUGUGUGUUUAAAACAAACAAAGCGUGUGAGGACCGACGAGAGGGACAUCUCUUCUUUUUUGCCUGACACUCCAAAGCGAUGGACACUGCAGAGUUCCGGAGACGCGGGAAGGAGAUGGUGGACUAUGUGGCAGAUUAUAUAGAGAACAUUGAGAAGAGGCAGGUUUACCCUGAUGUGGAACCUGGAUAUCUAAGGCCAUUGAUUCCCGAGGAGGCCCCGGAGGAGGCAGAGAACUAUGAGGAUGUGGUCAAAGACAUAGAGAGGGUGAUCAUGCCAGGGGUGACUCACUGGCACAGCCCGUACUUCUAUGCAUACUUCCCUACUGCCCACUCUUUUCCUGCAAUGCUGGCAGACAUGCUAUCUGGAGCCAUUGGCUGCAUUGGAUUCUCUUGGGCAGCGAGUCCUGCCUGUACGGAGCUGGAGACAGUGAUGCUGGACUGGCUGGGAAAGAUGCUGAAGUUACCAGAAGAUUUUCUUGCUGGUACAGAAGGCAAAGGGGGAGGGGUCAUCCAGGGCACUGCCAGUGAAGCCACUCUCAUGGCUCUUCUUGCUGCUCGUUCCAAAAUCGUCAAACUGAUCCAGGCUGACCAUCCUGACCAAUCUGAGGCAUAUAUUACAUCUAAACUAGUCGCCUACUCAUCUGAUCAGGCGCACUCAUCGGUGGAGAGGGCAGGGUUGAUAGGUGGGGUGCGGAUGAAGAAAAUUCUCUCUGACAAUAAGUUUUCUGUGCGAGGAGAUGCACUGCGGAGAGUUAUAGAGGAGGACAGAGCCACAGGACUCAUUCCAUUUUUUUUUUGUGCGACAUUGGGAACAACUCCAUCCUGUGCUUUCGACUGCAUCACUGAGCUCGGCCCUAUUUGUAAUGCAGAAGAAAUCUGGAUGCACAUUGAUGCCGCAUAUGCUGGGAGUGCAUUUAUCUGUCCGGAGUUCAGACCCCUCCUGAAUGGAGUAGAGUUUGCAGACUCUUUCAAUUUCAAUCCUCAUAAAUGGCUCCUGGUCAACUUUGAUUGCUCUACAUUGUGGGUGAAGAAAAGAUCAGACCUUAUUGGAGCAUUUAAAAUGGAGCCGCUUUAUCUAAAGCAUGAUCACCAAGAGUCAGGACUUGUCACUGAUUAUAGACACUGGCAAAUUCCAUUGGGACGUAGGUUCCGCUCUCUCAAGUUGUGGUUUGUGUUCCGCAUGUACGGACUCAAAGGUCUCCAAGCCUACAUCCGCAAGCAUGUAGGGUUGGCCAAAGAGUUUGAGUCUUUGGUGAGAGCUGAUCAACGCUUUGAGAUCUCAGCUGACGUUGUGCUGGGCCUCGUCUGCUUUAGACUCAAGGGCUCCAAUGAAUUGAAUGAAACACUGUUGAAGAGGAUCAACAGUGCACGAAAGAUCCAUCUGGUUCCAUGCCAACUGGCGGGCAAGUUCGUUCUGCGUUUUGCCGUGUGUGCCCGUACUACUGAGUCACGGCAUAUUCAGGAGGCUUGGUCCCACAUCUGCCACCUGGCAUCAGAGCUGCUUCAGGAACUGCCCCACUGACUAUGGUGGGCAUCACAUGUUAAGUCAAAAAGGGUGAUCUGUGCCACACCUGCUAUCCACACUGUCUUACUUUAACUCUACUGCUGCGAAUUGUGCAUAAAUGUGUGUGUGCAUUGUCAAAAUGUGCCUAUGUUUGUGCAUGUUUGUCACAAAGGUGUCCACCAAGAGUGCAGCAUGUCUGUCUUUUGUGAGCUGGAUCAUUUGUGUUGUCUGCUAAAAGCAAUGUUGUUGUUUUUCCACAAAA